CACCGUUUCGUCCGGCAGGAUCUGUGUUUCUCGUCUCUCGUAUGUAUCGUAUCCAAAUGAAUGGAAGUGAAUCCUGACGUCCGGUGAUCGGCACCUCAAAAGGACAUGGACUGGAGGACCAGUCUCUUGCCUUUCUUCCUCGCCCUUCUUCAACAGGCCCAGAGCGAAGGCGUGUUCGAACUUCGCCUCCGCGCCUUCCACAACGACCUCGGGAAAGACGACCAAGGCGACUGCUGCUCCGGCGUCCCCGACCCUCAGUCCGGCGUCUGUUCUGGUGUUUGCCACACGCGUUUUCACCUGUGUUUGGCGCAUUACCAGGUGCGCAUCGAGAGCGGGCAAUGCACUUUCGGUGUCGGACGGAUCCCCGUGAUUGGGGACAAUUCCGUGUUCUUCACGGAUCGCGGAUCCCGCAAUCCGCUCAUCAAUUCCAUCCCCCUCAAUUUCACCUGGCCGGGAGACUUCUCGUUGAUCAUCGAGGCCUGGCAUGUCGAAGGCGACAAUGACGGCGUCGGCAAU